UAUGCCCAAUGCGCAGCCGGGUAUUUAUACAUCCGUUGGCAUUGUGGUAUUUACAUAAAUUUAUGUUUGGGCCUGUCGGUAUUUUCGACGCGUGCCUAAGAAGAAGUGCCCGAUUCCGAUUUAGUUAUCGGUUCUACUGUCUUCAGGGAGGCAGUAAACAAGCGGGCAAUUAUUAAUUAGUCCGACAUUAGGGAUAUCCCCUCGUUGUGUAGCGUUUAUUGGCGUAAUUUCGCCGAAAAUGUUUAAGUGCGCAACUUUCAAAUUGCAACGCAUCCCUAAAACAAGAGAGAAAUCGAAAAUGAAUAGUACUGAUAUUAAAAUUGAAAAUAUAUUACAUUUGUGGUAUGCUUAUCUGGAAUUCCACCCCAAUGCAUGCGUUUUUUCUGUUAAAAAUAAAAGUUGACAGAAAUUUGAAUCAGUGCUAUUUUAAAGGCUAAGAAUAGUUUUGCAGGCAUUUUAUCACGUGUUUAUUGAAAAUUUCGCAAAACAAACCCCUAAUUUGUUGGAAGGAGACUCGCUUUUUAUACGCCUCGCGCGGUAUUCGCGAUUUACGGAUAUUCUAUCCGGCAGUGACGAAAAGCAAGAAAUUGAAUAGGUGUUAUUCUCAACUAAUGCAAUUUUGACACUUUUCGUUUACACGCAAAGCAGUUUUCGUCCAUUUCCUAAGGUUUUUUUCGGAAACCGGGGUAUGGAGUGCGAAUGAUGAAAUACUCAUAUCGCAGUUCCGUUACCUAAACAUCCGAUUCAUUAUCUCCAAGGAGGAAAAACAAAGUAAUGAACAGGCUAAAACACUCACUUGAUGUUUUACUUGUAGCGACCUGUAUUCUGAGUGCUUUCGUGCUCUAUGGUUGUGGCGCACAGAGCCUUGGUCCACAAGAACCCCUAUUGCCAACGAUUGAGGGGAGUUCUAAAUUCUCAGCGCGUUUCCAAUUAGAAGAAGAACCGCAAUUCUUCUAUGACCUGUUUGGAAAAGAGUUGCUUGAAGGUAACGAGGUCUAUAACUAUCGCGAGCAGAAAGAGUUUGACCAGAACGGCGAAUUGUUCGUCGGUUGGACCGGUCAACUUGAUAGUGAAAGAUUUUCGGCACAGUUGGAUAGAACGGUCUUAACUGAAGACAGUUAUCGUGGACGAUAUACCGAGUUUGCUAUCGGUGAUAGCAUGCGUUUUAAGCCGUCUACGUUAUUCCCAAACCGCUACAUUCUCUACAAAACAGAGUUUGAUGGUCUUCGAUGGGAUAUCUCUUUUGCGCAGGAACGACACCUUUUCACGCUCAUCAAUUCUCGUAUUUCAAACCCUGUCCAAUUGACAGACGCAGCGGCAAACCUCGCACCGACACUGGGUCGUCGGAAUGGUCUAAACGAAGACGCUGGGGUGCGGCACCUUGAAAACGCACGUCUUGUCGGUUUCCGGGCGCAAGGACUUUUGGGCGACAUCUUCCGUAUCGGGUUCACUUAUGUCAAUCUUCACAAAGAACACCCCGAACGCGUUGAAAACCCACUCAUGGGUACUGUGGCAAAUACACCCCCAGAAUCAAUUUCAGUUGUCUUACGAGAUGACUCACCGGAAGACAAUCAUGGUAUUGUCAGCCAAUUUUCUGGCUUUGAUGAAGUUCUACAUAGCGAGAAUAUUCAGGGGGGUGUCGGUGCGGCUUUCAAAAGCAUGACAGUUACAAUUGUGACCCAAGCUUUGGAAGAAUUGACACCCGAAGAAAUUGAAGAAGGUGCUGAACCUACAGCACUACCUACAGAAACGCAAAAAAUUGACAUUUAUACUGACGAUGUCAUCCCGAUGCCUGUCGGAGGACUGCCUUCUGAAAUUCGCGAUUCUGUUGACGGAGAGUGGAAGAUCGUGGAUGGCUUCAAUAAGAUGAAAGUCGUCCUCGCUUUUGUCGAUCCGGAUGUUGAUCCGCGAACUGUUCAAUCCGUCACUUUUGAAAUGAUUGUAGCAGGUGAUUACAACAUCGCCAUUAUCGGAUCCAGCCCUGCCAACAAAGCCGAGUCAGAUCCCGAAAUCCAAGAAUGGAUUAAAACUGAAGAUGGCCACAUUCAGACACCGUACCGCGAUGUGAUUGAAGCACCCGGUAAUUAUGGGCAAUCCGCAGAUUACACCAGUAAUCGGGCAAAACUCCUAGAUAAUCCCAGUAACUGGACAGGUGAAGGCAGACCGCGUAAAAUCCGUUACCAGUACGGUGCAGCACGUGCAGCACUUCUCUAUGGACUUGACUUAGAAGGCACUAUCGGUAACGUUUUUCUCAGAGCACAUUACUCUAUCAACGGUAAAUAUAAGCAGUAUCCCACCAUUCCCAAAGGUCAGAUCGGAUUUAGCCGACUCAAAACGACCAUCCAAGGCGAAGAUGGCGAGGAAGAAACCGGCAUCUCCGUCGAUCCAGCAACUGGCUUGCCGUUAGACGCAAAUGGGAUACCUACCUACUCUGAGACCGAGGGUGAAAGAUUUGAAGCCAUGUUAGGUGGCGAAGGAACUGAUGAAAGCGGCGACGGAGCAAUGGCAAGAGAAACCGCAUGGUUCCUCCAACUCAAAUCUCGCUUCGGAAAGUUGUACCUUGAAGGGGUCUACUAUCAUAUCGAUCCUGGCUACACGACAACUUAUCUCAAUUUCGGUUCUAAUUCUGACAGGGAUCAACCCUACUCCCUGCCACGGACACCUGAAUCACAGUCUGAACAAGAUCCGUGGGAUGAAACUAAUUACGCCCUCAUUGAAGAUGACGAUGAUGACGACGAUUGGCCGGAUGACAUCGACUUUGAUGGAGUCCUACCACGCGCCGAUGAUAGAGAUCAGAACGGCAUUUUGGACUUCCAAGAAGACUUUCUCAUCUUUGAUGCCGAUCCACCCGUCUUCACUGACCUCGUUGAUCUGAAUAACAACGGCACGAUAGAUUCGCUUGAGGACGAUUUUGAACCGCAGUAUGAGUACGGGGUAGACAGGGAAGGAUACCAUGUUUUUGCCGAAUAUGACCUCCUUGAUAAUCUUUCACUCAAAGUCGGGUGGCUCAACGAACACGAAGUCUCAAGCCGACGGAAGAAUGACUCCAAAUACUUACAUGUCACUUAUCAACGUGACAUUCCUGACUUCGGAACCGUGCUCUUCCAAAACCGUUUCGUCCGAGUCCAAGACGAUAUUCCAGAUUAUACCAUUACGCUGCGUGUUGGUGAAUUGGAACCCGUUCAAAUUUCCGACGAGCUUGAUUUCUACAACGCUCGUGUGAAUACCACAACGCUCCAGUUCCUUUAUACCGCUGUUCCGAACCUCACCUUAGAAGCAAAAUUCCUCGUUGUGCUGCAAAAACAGUUUGAGCAGGAUGAGGCAGGGGCUAUUUUCUUAGAUGCUGAGGCACCGGACCCCGAUAACGAAGACGAUCCGCUUAAUGCCGAUCAACGUGUCGAUUUCAUGGUACCCAUUGAACAGGUUCGUGCUGGUGGUGAAAGACGCGAAUACCCGUUCUAUCCUGAUCAUGGGAUUAACGCACUUGACCCUGACGAUCCGGGUUUAAUCUAUGAUUCCGAAAACUGGAAAACGCGGCGCUAUCCAGAACGCGAUAUUCGCAAUCAGCAGACGAUUCUCAAAGCAAGAUACGAGAUUCCUCUCGGUGAACUUCCAUUUGUUGAUAGAAUCGGCGAAGAUUUGACACUCACACCCAUGGUAAAGUACAUCUGGGAUCGAGCGUUCGACCGUGGUGCUGAGGAAAUUCCUGAUUCCCUCAACCCACGUCAGUUCGUUCCUACUGAUAACGAACCCGUCGAAUACUUGCGCUUCAAUCGUAGAAGUCGUGAAGAUGUACUCGGCGUACGGCUUGACUAUCAGUUCUCGCAAAGGAUGAACAUUCUUGGCGGUUUCCAAUACCGGAAAUUCACCAACCGGGAUAAUAACUUCAAAAAUUAUUUGACAAACUUCCCGGAAGAUGAAGAUGUCCCAAUACUCUACAGACCGGAUUUGCGAACCCGAAUCUUUGAAGUACAAGCGAUCAACCGCGGUGAAUGGCUUGGGUUCAAUAUUGUUAUCCUCGCGGGUUAUCGGCGAACCACUAUCUUGCUCGAUCACACGACGAGUAACACCACCUUCGUGCGAGCAAUGAUGGGCUUCUAGAUGGUUUAUGUAUCGCUGGACACAAUUUCGUGUCCAGCGAUACCGCAUUUAGCAAUAUCAACUGCGAUACCGUUUUCAGCAACACGCAAAUUAAGCGCGUAACUUUUUAAGCACUCGGGUGUUCUUAAUGAGAACGGCGUUGUAAAUAGUAGAGACGAUCUACAGAUAUAGAUAUUGAUUCCUAACCUGAAGAUUUGUUGUGUAGAUGGAACGCUCACGCGUUAAAAAAUAAAACUGAGUUGUUAAGGUGCGAUUCCCGUGCCUUAUCCAUACAGCACUUUAUGAGAUAACUUGUAGAGACUUGCCACAACACAAUUGGCAAGUCCCCUAAGGAGGACCAGAACGAAUGAUUCGUUUUAGUUUUGUUUUAAUGUUAGUCGCUUGUGUCGGUAUGUCUGCUGAUCUUGUUUUCGCGCAAGACGGUGCCGGGGCAAGUGGUGGAACCGUCCGAGGUCAAAUUGUCGAUACAUCCACAGCACAGAGCCCAAUUGAAGGCGUUGAGAUCAGAAUUGUUGGUGCAGACGGAGCAGAACAUACCGCAACAACUGAUGCCAGCGGUGAAUAUGAACAAUCAGGUAUCCCUGCAGGCCGCUACCUCAUUAGUAUCUAUAGAGACGGAUACGGCCCGCGAGAAGGGAAACCUGUAACGGUCGUUAAUGGCGGGGACCACUUCUUCCCGCUCAAAAUGACCAAAAAGGACAAUAUUGUUACCUUCUUCCAGAAGUUCGGAUUCGUCUUCUGGCCACUCGCCCUCUGCUCCAUCACGGCAUUAACCUUCAUUAUUGAAAGACUUUUCACUUUUGUGCGGAGCCGUUCUCGAAUUGGAACUGAACAGUUCAUCGCCAGUAUCGCCGACUCAUUGCGGAAAGAGAACAUUAUGGAAGCCGUCUCGACUUGUGAAGAAGCCGGCGGACCGCUUGCUAAUGUUCUUAAAGCAGGAUUGCUGAGAUACAGCCAAGCCCAGAUUGAAGAACGAGAUAUUAGCAAAGAAGAAAUUCAGGAAGCCAUUGAGGAAGCAAGCCUCCUUGAAAUCCCUGAACUGGAAAGAAACCUGCCAGUUCUCGGUACGGUCGCAGUUGUUUCUCCGCUGUUCGGCUUGCUUGGAACCGUUACAGGUAUGAUUAGUGCAUUUACCACAAUCGCACUCGAAGGUACCGGUGACCCACAACAACUCGCAGGCGGUAUCUCACAGGCACUUCUCACAACUGCUGCUGGCUUGACAGUCGCUAUUCCGUGCUUGAUUUUCUUCCAACUUUUCGAUAGCUGGGUUAACAGACACAUGGUUGAAAUUUCACAGGUUUCUACCGAAAUUGUCAAUCAACUGAUUGUUGGUGAAUCUAACUAGCAAUAAUGCCUAGUCUUGGAACAGAACGGGCGGGUGAUUCUACUCGCUCGCUUCUGAAACGAGAAAGGAGACUUUGAAAUGCAACAAGUCGGUGAAGCCAAAUUGAGUCUGAUUGCAACCAGAAUUAGGGAACUAUGAAUGAAAUGUCAUUCUUUCGUACAAACGGAGGCACAUUAGCAUGAAACAUCUCAAGAGACACAAACCCCCAACGCUUAGUAUGGCACCUAUGAUUGAUUGUGUGUUCCUGCUCCUGAUUUUUUUUAUGGUGUCAACAACCUUUUCCCCUAUCCCCGGGCUUCGGGUACAACUCCCUCCACCGAUUGAUAGACCCAUAACACGCGACCUUGGAAUUGUCGUAACGAUCGCCGACCCUGCACCGGGUGAAACUGAAGGUACAAUCAUCAUGCACCAAGGGAGUAGAGAAGAAAUUGUGCAAACGGGAGAUAUGUUUAAUUGGCUUAUCAACGCGCCUGAAAAUGUCAAAAUAAUGGUGAUUAUCCAAGCAGGUAAUGAGGUUUUCCAUGAGCAAAUCGUCCAUGUCAUGGAUAUACUCAAACAAGCGGGUAUUGAUAGAAUUGGGUUCGCU